CUGGUGUCCGUGGGCAGCGCCUGAUGUCCUGACCCUCUUCUUUCUGCAAUUCAAGAGAAAAACGAGAUCUUGCACAAGGCACCCUGCGUCUGCUCUCUGCAAGGGAAGGGUGUCAUGGAGCCUCUCCGGCUGCUCAUCCUGCUCUCUGUCACAGCGUUGUCCCGAGCCCACAACACCACGGUGUUCCAGGGCGUGGCAGGCCAGUCCCUGCGGGUCUCCUGCCCCUACGACUCCUUGAAGCACUUGGGGAGACGCAAAGCCUGGUGCCGCCAGCUGGGUGAAGGGAACCAAUGCCAGCGGGUAGUCAGCACCCACAGCUCGUGGCUGCUGUCCUUUGUGAAGAGGCGGAAUGGGAGCACGGCCAUCGCAGAUGACACCCUGGGUGGCACCCUCACCAUUACAAUGAAGAAUCUUCAAGCCCAGGAUGCUGGCUUCUACCAGUGUCAGAGCCUCCAUGGCAGUGAGGCCGACACCCUCAGGAAGGUCCUAGUGGAGGUACUGGCUGACCCCCUUGAUCGCCAGGACCCCGAUGAUCUCUGGAUCCCCAAGGAUGCCCAGGUGGAGCACAGCGUCUCCAGGAACCUCUCAGAAGAGGAGCUCCCCUUUCCACCCACUUCCAUCCUUUUCCUCCUGGCCUGCAUCUUUCUCAUCAAGCUUCUAGCAGCCAGUGCCCUCUGGGUUACUGCCUGGCAUGGGUGUAAACGGGGCACAUCCCCGGCCAGGGGGCCCGACUGCGGCCAUGACUCAGGCUACCAGCUGCAGACUCUGACAGGGCUGACAGACACCUGAGAGGAGAGGACCCCACGUGGGAUGACAGGCCCUGGGAGGUCUGCACGCUCGCCUGUCAGCCACCGAGACUCCCGGUUCUGCUUUGGCAAAUCGCCACUUUGCCUGUGCUCUGCUUCCCCUGGCUCCAGUCGUGUGUGUGUGUGUGUGUGUGUGUGUGUGUGUGUGUGUGUGUGCGCGCGCGCACGUACAAGGCACCUGUGCCUUGGAGGUGGAAAGACCAUCUACCCAUUUCUGGACAUUGGACAUCAAAAUUUUCACAGAUAAAUCUGAGACUUCAUGUUUAACUGGAUUGUUUUGGGGCAUCAUGAAGCUCUUUUCUUUUGCUUCAGUGCCAAGAGAAUAAAUUUUGAUGAGCAAAAAGGUCAGACUCAUUGGAACCUAGGAUCUUGGAUAUAGUAUGUCCCUCCAUUCUCAUAAGCCCCAAAGUAGCCAGUCUUUCUGUUCUCCUCUCUCCCUCCCCUAGAUCUACUUACCAAGUCCUCUUCCUCCCCUGGAAUUUCUCUAGCACCCAGUCUUCCUCUCCUCUCCUGUCCUCUUCUUUCUUCUUCCUGCCUCCUGUCCGUAAGUUCCCUAAGAUUAUGGCUGGUCUCCCUGCCCCAGGCCUCUCUCCUCCCUUCCCAUGCCCACACCCAAGUCCAUCCAAUUCCCAGCUGACUCAUCCUUUUCUGGAGCUUCGCUUUCAUCAUGUUACUUCCCUUCCAGAGGAAUGACAAAACAUGAGUUACAGAGGGUAACACAACGGAACUGGAAACUACUGACCAAAGUCCCUCAUUGUACAGAAGGGAAACUGAGUCUCAUAAGGGAAAGGACUUACCCAAAGUCCCCAGUAGAGCCUGGAAAUCCAAAUUACACUUGGCAUUCAAGGGGCCCUUCCCUCUAGCUCAGUCCUACUCAUCCACUCAUUUAUUCAUUUAACAGAUCUUUUCUGUGUCAGAACAAUUCUAGGCACCGGAGAUGCAGAGUGAACAAAAGAGGCAAAGGUGCCUGCCCCUGUGGAGCCUCAUUCUGAUGGCAGGCGAGAGGAAACAGUGAAUAAGUCAGUCAGCUGGUCCGGCACUUUGGGAGUACAGAAGGGAUGGGGGUGAUGGAAUUCUAAAGGGUAGUCAGAGGCAGCACCUGAGAAGCACUUGGAGGGGUGUGGUAGCGAAUCUCGCCUCAGUGUUCAGCACACAUUCCCCACUCAGGCCAAGAGUAAAGGGGAAACUGGACCGAGACUUCCCCGGGGGGUGGGCUGCUGGGAAGAAGAGGAAAGGAGCUCCUCUGCCCUGGGCCACGUGGCUGCUUGGCCUCUGUCUAACCUGAGUGUGGGCCCUGGGAUUUUGGAUCCUUGAGGUAGCUGUGUUCUGGCCUCAGAGCCCUGCCCUGCCCAGCCGAGCCUCACUCCCCAGCAAGGCUGCCUCUCUGUCCGACCUGGUCUUCUGACUCAGGGGCACGUGGAACUUCCUCUUUACACCCCCAGGCAGGACAGUCGUCAAGACUGAGUGGAGCCUAAACUGAGCAGGGUUCCCCCUUCCUGUUGCCCGUCCCUCUGCACAUUGCUGAAGACUUCGCUCCCCAGGCCAAGUGCCUGGUAUUGGCAGCCUUUUCUUGCCUUGGGACCCCCUGCCAUGGACUCUCUGGGGGGCACGCUGGAAGGAAGGGGCUUGGAUAGUUCGGUUUUAAGCUUCAGCUUUGCCUCCUGCUAAGAAACUUUAAGCCAGUUCCUUAACAACUCAGAGCCUCACAGUCCUUUUCUACUGAAAAAGAAAAUAAAUAUCUACCGGGCUACAAAAUAAUGCGGAAUGUAAACUGUAACUGAAAAAUAA